CCUAACAGAAGCCAUCAAAGCUCAGAACCAAUACAACAAUGGCGGAAGUUGAAGUCGCAGCAGCUUGUUGAGUUAAUGUUGGGAGGUUUGAAAAGCGUUACUUUGCUCUGCCUUCUCACACCUCGCUUCGACAUCCCUAGUCCCGUCUUCAUCAGCUUCGACGGUUUCAUAUCUCACUUCAUCUUCCGUUGCGAAAUUCAAGAUGUUGAUAUGAUGAAGGAGAGCUUUGUGAAAUUGUUGCUGGGUGAAGAUAUGCCAGGUUCAGGAAAAGGGGUUUGCACUGCUUUGGCAAUUUCUAAUGCUAUUACAAAUCUUUGUGCUACUGCAUUUGGGCAACUAUGGAGACUAGAACCACUACCUCGCAAUAAGAAAGAAAUGUGGCAGAGAGAGAUAGAAUGGUUUGUUAGCAUUAGUGAUUAUAUUGUUGAAUUAAUACCUUCUUGGCAAACAUUUCCCGAUGGAAAGAAACUCGAGGUAAAGUUGGAUUGAGUUUUAACUUGAAAGUGUUUUUUAUAGGUUUCUUUUUAUGAUGUUAAUUUGGUGAAGAAAUAACAAUGGAUCAGUAUGAUUCUAGAAUAAGAUGACUCAUUUAGUUCUGCUAGGACCCAUGAUUUGGCAUUUAAGUCAAUCAGAGUUUUUGAAGGGUGUGAGGUGGCAAGAAAUUUAGUAUGUUAGAUAAUUAGUUAGAAAUGUAGUUGAACUUAGUAAAUAAUGUGUGAUAUGUUCAGGUUUAUUACAAAGUUGUGAUAUAUUUUGUUGCAAUGAUUUACGCUGCAUAUUAGAACUUGUGACAUUUUUUUAAGAGUGCCUAUCUUUUAUGAAGAAUUAUUAUGUUAAUUAGUGUCUUGGUAGAAAAUUAUGAAGCCAAUGACGGGGCCAGUCGAAACUUGCCCAGGUUUUAUAAUUUUUUUGGCUCCGCCACUGAACAGGAGUUACAUCAUUCAGUAUGGUUGUAAAGUCUAAGAGGGUGACAGUGAUGGGGCACAUUUCUCUGGUGGAAGUUGUUGAUAGUAUUUCAAAGGUGGAAAAGGCUGAGCUUUGGAGCUAAAGCACUUCACUCAUAAGGAAUGAUAGGAGAUGCAGAGAUAGAGUCGAAGAACUUUGAAUUUUUCCUUUGUGUUUGUGGUCCUAAAUAGUUGGUGGUAGAUACAUAGAUACCUACUCAAUUGACUUGGUUUUUUUUUGGGUAAUGUUCAAUGAUAUUUUAAUUCUUGUUGUAAUUUUUAAUACAGCUUUCAUCUUAAUUAUUGUUGAAAUUUUCCAUAAAAAAGAUGAUAUUUACAUUAGAAUUAAAGAUGAUAUUGCCCCAAG